AUGGAGCUGCCUCCUUUCAGCAGGGAGCAGAUCUCCAAACUGAUCGCAUCAAAUGCUCCCCCUUCACAACUCCAUGAGAUCCUAUCACAAUACGAACCAGAUGCCUGCCUUAUGUCCGCUGGCAGUGGAAGUCCUGAAACCGGCGCCGGAGAUCCUGAGCUCCUUUGCCUCUUCUAUUCAAGCUUCUUCUUUGCUCAUCUUCUCACCAAAAAAAUCCCCGAAGCCCGCGCGCUGACCCAGCGAUUCCCGGAGACCCUAAAGCAUCACGAUCCUUCUCUUCAGAGCUGUCUCACUCUACUCCGGGCCAUUUGGCAGACCGAACAUGCUCAAGUCUAUCGGGUCCUUCGUGGACAACAGUGGUCAGAGACUCUACAACCGCUGAUCAAGAGAUACGAAAGCUUCUUCCAAGACCAAGCCCUGAUCGCAGUCAGUAACUCCUACGAGGCGAUCCGACCUGCAGUGGCUGCAAACUUCCUGGGACUCGAUACACAAGCUGCAGAGCAAGGUGACCCGACGAUCAUUCAGAAGCUCACGGCUUGCGGAUGGACCUGGAACCCUGAGUCUCAGCUACUCUAUCCUUCUCGGAUUACCGUACCACCAACCGAUCAACAGCCUACAAAUGACAUCCGUGGCGCGUUGGCCAUAUUCUCAACCCCUAGUGUCUAG